GAUUCCUCGCUCCUGGACCUCAACACGGCGGGGUGCAAGGUGCUGGUGGUGCUGACGAAAGGGUUCAGUCUGGCUGUGUGGACGUGGAUGCUGGCGGAGUCUCUAUACCUGCAUCGCCUAAUCGUGGCUGCCUUCAGGGGCGGCGGCAAGACAUGGCUAUACGUGAUGCUGGGAUGGCUGCCGGCCUGGGUGUUGGUUGGGUCCUGGGCGGCAGCGAAGGGAGUCCUCGAAGACCACGCGUGUUGGCUACAGGACGACCCCGCUACCAGCCACAAGCUACAUCUCAUACUCGACGUCCCCAAGCUGGUCAUCCUUGUCGUCAACACGCUUCUUCUGGGUAACAUGACGAGAGUUUUAAUGACCAAACUUCAAGGAGUGAACGCCGAUCACGCCACGGCCACCAGGAGCGCCGUCAAGGCCACCAUCUUCCUCCUGCCCAUGUUUGGUCUCCAGUUCCUCCUGACGCUCUUCCUGCCCCCUCCCUCCUCCUCCUGCACCCUCGCUCAGGUGUAUUUCUUCGUGGCCACGGGGCUGGACGGCUUGCAGGGGCUGUACGUGGCCGCCGUGUACUGCUUCAUUAACAAGGAGGUAAAAAUGCAGGUGCGGCGAUCAGUGUACCGCCUCAAGGGUCGUCUGUACCACGCCCACGACUUCUCAUCCGCCGCCCACGACCCACGCACCGAUGUCAGCCUGCUAAGCACCUCCCACGCCCCUACGUCACCAACCUUCAACACCACAGCCACCAGCACCACCUAACCACCACCACCACUACCACCUAACCUCCCAGGCCCCUUCAACACCACAGCCACCACCACCACCACUACCAGCUAACCUCCCAGGCCCCUUCAACACCACAGCCACCACCACCACCACUACCAGCUAACCUCCCAGGCCCCUUCAACACCACAGCCACCACCACCACCACUAUCACCUAAC